GAGCUAUAUAAGCCGUGCAGCUCAACCCUUUCAGCAUCAGUUGUUAGCUGCAUAUCCUCUGGAGUCAAGCUCAGAAACCAACCACAAAACCAAAAACAUGAAAUUCCUAUCAGUUGCCUUUGUUCUGGGUCUGCUGGCCCUGGCCAACGCCAAUCCCCUGACUCCUGGCAAUGUCAUCAUCAACGGCGAUUGCCGCGUCUGCAAUGUGAGGGCCUAAGGGCAGGAAAGAUGCAGCUGUAGAAAGAUUCCACUUGAAGUUCACAUACAGUCACAUAUUAUUAAGACGAAAAUGUAAUAGAAAUUCCAAGAACCAAUUGACCAAAUUACAAAUAUUCAAACAAAA